AUUGCAUCCAGACCUCGUUAACUCGUCAUACAGAAUCCAUUCACCGAUAUGCCCGGCGAGGACACCAUCCUAGAAGGGCCGGUGACCCCAGCCCCAGUAUUCGCCUACCGUGCAAUCCGCAGCAUCUUCUUCGCCUCGCCCGAAUCUUCGCCCGAGCACGGCAACAAGGAAAACCUCGUACCUGCGUUCCCCUCGUCCCCGAAACGGAUUGUUCCUUUCGCAGAAAACUCACCCCAACCGUCACCGUCACCGUCACAGAAGCGCAAGAGGGAGGGCCACACCAGGAGUGGCGGCGGGACCAUCCUCUCUCCUACAAAGGGCAUACUCCGCACGCCGGGCCUGGCAACACCGCGAGCAAAGUAUCUGAAGGACAUCAAUGUCAAAUUCAAGAGCGUCAGCCCCGAGGCCCCGAAGCUGGUCACUCUGCCUGUUUCUCCGAGACAGCGAACAACCAAAGUCCGCGAUCCGCCAGCAGCACUUUACCCGUCAAAAUCCAGCAUCGAGCUGACAUCGCCCACCAAGACAAAUCCGACGCCGGUAUCGCAGAAUCUGCUGCAGCACGAGCAAUUACCGGCAGGAGGCAACCAUGCCACCGAAGCUGCGCCUCCAACGUCACCAUGCCUCCUCUCCCGAGCCGCAAUCGAGGCCUACAUCACGCAGACCGAAAAGGAAAUGAAGAAACUGGUUCGCUACGGCCAGAAAAUGCGCGAGUACGCGCGCAAGAAGGACGCGGAAAACCAGGAACUGAAGGGCAUGAUCGAACAACUCCGCCGGGAGAACGAGAGACUGAGCCGAGGCGCGGACGGCGCUCCGGGAUGCCGCCCCGGCACCAGCGGUCUUCCGCAGGCGGGCAGAGAAGUGAAGGAUAAGGAGGAAGAGAAGAGGGCCGGGGCUGAUGUCUUAGGUACGGAUGCGUCGCCGGCCCUGAGGAACAGACCUCCAGGCUACGUCCGGGAGGAAGUCGAUAGGGUCGAAACGACGGUGCGGAGCCAGGCGGUGAAGGUCCCAAAGGAUGUGAGGCACUCUAGCUUGUCGAAGACUGCGAGCAUAGGACGGAGCGCCGGCGCGGGCAUCUGCGAACCCUCGAAACCUUCUGGUCCUUCGCGCAGUAUAUCGAGCGACCACCCACCAGCGAUCAAGCGAUCAAUAUCAACAACCCCGACCUCAAAACGCACACCUUCGUCUUCAGCGAGGUCGUUCGCCGCCGUUCCCAGCAAACAGCCUCCGUCCAUGGAGACAGACCCAGCGACAACGUCCGUCCGCUCCGCCUCCGCCUCCGCCUCCGCCUCAGCCAGCACCGUCGCCGCUCGACCCGGCCUCACAAGGCUCCCACCCGAGCGCGUAGCCGCUGCUCGCGACAGGAUCCGUCGACGUACCGAAGCGAGGAAAGCAAGUGUCCUCGUCGAGAUCGAGGUCGUCUCCGCUCUGGACAAGCAGGGGGAGGACGGACAUGCCGUGCAGGGCCGGCAGCUACCUAUGGAGACCAUCAGGGAGCAAGAACCGCUCGCAAAGCAGCUUGAGGAGCCGAGCGAGGUCGACUGGGCGAAUCUCUGACUUGUUUGUACGUCGUGUCAUUCUCGCGCGUCCAUCCUAGUCCGCUCCUGCUGCACAACCACUCAUGUGUGUUUGUAUUUUAUGUAUUUGUCUGUGUUCUCCAUCCAUCCGCAUUCCUGGCCCAGCUACAUGAAAUAAGAGGCUACAACUUUGGAUAAACGAAGAAACAAAUCAAGCUGGAAGACGACUCGUGUGAGCCGAAGGAUUGUGUGGGAAUUCUGCAAUACCAGUUUUGUCUCACUGAGCAGCGAGCAGACUGAACUGCGAAUACAAUCAACUCUGAGGCGGUGUGCGAGGAUGCCAUUCAGGACCAUGUCGCUCGGUUAUUUUCCAGUCUACCUAGAUACCUAGGUAUCUAAUAUGUAGAUGUGCGCUCCGGGACCGGGGCAUUUUUGGCUGGGGCAUCGAUCCACUCAUCAAUCCUCCCAUCGAGAACGCAAGUCUAUAUGGUAUCA